AUUCGUGUCCAAAGCUAUGUGUAGCCGUGUCGCAGUGGAGCGCCGCCGCAGCCACAGGAGAAUUCAACACACAGGUGCUGGAAACGAGUUCCCAUUCCAUUGGGUCUUCUCGCAGCUCGAAUUUUAGGACAUUUGUUUCCGCCACCGCUGGAAAAAUUGAAGCUUGUUUGCUCGAUCUGCUCGAUCUCGCCAUGGCGAUGUCAAUGAAGCGGCCAAUGCUUGGCAAUCGAUCGACCAAGCUCGUCCAACCGGUUUGCAAGCGGCGAGACAGAGCCGAUACGAACUCUCACCACUACAGGGUCACUCUUGUCACUCCACCUCCCAAAAACUUGGGAAUACACUGCCUUCCAUCGAACACCCAAUGUGGUGAGACAGUCACAGUUAGUGGAGAGUCCUACAUUGUCUCGGGCGUCGUCUACCAAUACCAGCUCAAGAAAGGAAGGUAUGCUCCAAGCGCGAAGAAGCUCGAAGUUCAGCCGACUGGACGAUACAUUCUCAACAUGUAUCUCGACAGUCUUCUCCCGGAUUCCUGAAAAAAAAACAGUGGACCACUGCCAAGAACAGUUUUGGUUUCCUUGAAUCGGAUCGUUUCAACGCUUUGAAUCCCCUGGAAACAAAGAUUAAAGAACUCCUAUCCUAUCUAGCGCUGAGAGAAAACAAAGAUAAACUUACGUUUAUUCGUCGUCUUCGUCUUCGUCAUCUUGAUCGUCGUCCUCAUCUUCGUCUUCCUCAUCUUCGUCAAUCCUCUCGUCCUCGUUCUCCUCGUCCUUGUCAUCGCUUGGCUCGCUCUGCGCGUCCCUCUCUUCGCUCAGUGUGAUCUCCACCUGUUUCAUCGUCCUCUGGAGCUUCAGCAGGCCGUCGGCAAACUUCCAUCCCUUGGACUUGUCCUUGACGCAAAUCGACAGCUUUUCCAGCAACGCACAUCUCCUGACCAGAUUGUUGAGUACUUCCAGGCUCUUCUCGUCCACCCACGGCAUAUGAAUAACAAUUCUCUUUAGUGGAAGCUCCGGGAGCUCCUCCAUUCUACAGCACCUCAAACACUGCAUAAUCACAAAGAAAACACUGUAAAAAACCAAGCUUUUGUAAAAGAAAGACAUGGAAGAACCUUGAAGAGAUCA